CAUUCAUAUUGUUUUUUGUCAAUAACAAGAACAAUGCCAUCUUGGUUGACAUGUACAGUUAUAAUAGUUUGCAUUGCUUACUAUUUAUACAUACCACUCCCGGAAAAUGCAGCGGAACCAUGGAAACAACGAUUUACAUAUUCUACAUUUAAAAUCAUAAAUGAUGUGGCAAGGAUUGCUGGUAUAUUUGGAUUUUCCAAAAUUAAUGUAACACGGAGCGGUUUAGGAUUUUAUCCAUUAGUAGACUGGUUAAUUUCAAAGCCAAUUAAUGAUAUCAAGAUAGUAGAUAAUGUAUUUGAUGGAGUUAAAGUUCGUUUAUACUAUCCAACAACAUCUGAAGAAAAAAUGAUACCCGCUGUUGUAUAUUUCCAUGGUGGUGGCUGGGUGUUUUUAGACGCAGAUAAAUAUGACAAUGUAAUGAAAAGACUGUCAUCUACCACUGAUUUUGUCAUAAUAUUUGUUGAAUACAGAAAAGCGCCGGAACACAUUUUCCCUGCUGCCUUUGACGACUGUGUAAAGGCAACACUUUACUUACUGCAAAAGGGCAAGGACCACGGAGUUGAUACUAAACGAAUUGGUCUGGCAGGGGACAGUGCAGGUGGUAAUUUAGCUAUGGCUGUCUCGUUAAAGAUAGGAGAACAACAAUUGAAAUUACCUCCCUUACGGUUCCAAGUUCUUAUCUACCCAACAUUACAAGCUUUAGAUUUAACUUUAUCAUCAUUCCAAGAAUUUGAUGUUCAUGAAAGACAAGAAUGUACCCUUGUCACAAAAGGGUUGAUGAUAUUUUGGUUAAAUAUGUACGCCUUUGGUCAUUUAAACUACACUGCUUCGUUUGUCAACAAUAGCCACGUGACAAGUGCAUCAAAGAAAAUGUAUAGAAAAUUGGUUGAUCCGAAACUACUUCCAGAAAAAUAUCAAACUGUUCCAAAUGAUGACGUAGAAAGUUCUAUUCCAAAUGUGCAAGAAGUUGAGAAAAUACUACUUAAUCCAUAUUAUGCACCUUUAAUGAUGACGGACAAGCAACUGAAAACGCUUCCAAAAACUCUAAUUAUGACCUGCGAUCUUGACGGAUUAAGAGAUGAGGGGUAUAUUUUAGCAGCUAGGAUGAGAAACAUCGGUCAUGAUGUGAAACAUGAAAACUAUAAAGGAAUGGAUCAUGGAUUUAUUUGGUUUUCUUACUAUGAGGCGUUCAAAGAAGGAAAUACCAACUUAUCUUUAUAUGUCAAGAAUAACAUGUAACUUUGUUUAAAGAAUGACCAGUAUCGCUAUUUGGCUAGAAAUAAUCAAACUAAUUAUAAUCGUGUGAUAUAAUAUACACAUAUGAUGGUGAUACUAUAGAAAAAUAAAUGCAUGGAAAUAUGUAAACGUUUAACUUUUCUCAUUUCUCAUUUAUUAUAUUAAUCGUCGAAUAAUGUAUUUGUGUGUGUGUGUGUGUGUGUGUGUGUGUGUGUGUGUAUAUAUGUGUGUGUGUAUAUAUGUGUGUGUGUAAGUGUUUUGGGUGAGAGGUUAGAAGGUUUUGUAUUUGUGUAUUCAAUUUGAUACUCAUACUAGUAUAGAUAAGUCUGGAAUGACGAAUGCUUUUUUUUUUUGCAAAUUUGCUGAAUUACAAUAUAUUAAAUGUACCAUCAGCCCAAUAAAUAAUCUGUGCCUCCGUACUGACAUGUCUUAUAACAAGCUCCACACGUUUUCAGGUCUUUGUUCAUCCUUGGCUUUUAGAUUUGUAUGAUUGAGCGUUACAGGUGAAGGUAAAUCCAGGAAAGCGCUUCGGAUGCACGAAAUUUAAAAAAGACUUUUUUUAUCGCUUGUACAUUCUACUUUAAUAAAAUAUACUUAUAUUGGU